GUCACGCCUUGCCCCCCUAUAAAUCCCGCCACAUCUCGCUCGUCUUCUCCGCAGCACGACCGAGCCCACGCCACGAACAAGAGGCCAUCGAAGAACCACUCGCGGAGCUCUACAGCUCUCCAGCGCUGAGAAGGCAAUCUUUGUCUGGCGACACUACUGCACGGGUGAACCUCCAGAUAUGGUGUGGAGGAAGAAGAGCGGCGUCGGCGGCGGCGGCCAGUCGCCCUGCCGGGGCGGCUGCGUCGACGAGGAGGAGGUCCCGAGGGGGCACGUCCCCAUUGUCGCCCGCGGCGGGGACGGAGACGGCGAGCGCGUGCUGGUGCCGGUGAGACUGCUCAGUUACCCCAGCAUAGCGGAGCUGCUGGACAUGGCGGCGCAGCGGUACGGGUACGACCAGCCGGGCGUGCUGCGGGUCCCCUGCGAAGCGGGGCACUUCCGCCGCGUCGUCGACGGCGCCAUGCAGAGGUGCGGGGUCAGCUCGGCGUGAAAAGCUGGCCAAGCUGUGCCGGCCGCGGACACGCCCCCACGUGCGGCGAGCUACUAGCUAUACAUGGACUUUGUACAAAGAUAGUUGAGUAGUUUGUUCGUUGAUAGGUCACUCAAAUUCUUUGAUGAAUAUAAUGAUGAUGGCGAUAAAAAAUUCGAAGGCUAACUCUGGCCAGGAACAGACAGAUCCGAACCAUUUAGCCAUAUGUUCUGCUGUGUUUGCAUUGCGAGCAGGGUAUAUCGAAUUUUUAAUGAUGGUCGGUGGUUC